GAAGCUAGCCAAGAAGCAGAAGGAGACUCAGACCAGCACGCAGAGGGAGAUGGGUCCCGUGGCUACUUCCGACAAGACCUCUACCAAACUCAGUGCUGUUCACAAUGAAGAAGCUUUUUCUUCCAGCUGCCAAGAUGUUAAUGGAUUCACAUCACCCUCUCCUUGUUCAUUUUCUGUCCAAAGCAAAACCCUUCAGAGCAAAUCUUUGUUGAAUUCCUACUACUCAGUAUCAUCAGACACUGUUCCAUCGACCACGCUGUUAGACAGUAGCCAUGGAGAGAUGACCCAACCAACCCUGACUAUCCAGACCCACCCGUAUCGGAGCUGCGAGCCGGUGGAAAUGUCCUACUCCCGGGGGCAGUUCCAGCCAGCCAUCCGAGUGGCCGACCUGCUGCAGCACAUCACCCAGAUGAAGCGAGGACAGGGAUAUGGAUUUAAAGAGGAGUAUGAGGCACUACCCGAGGGGCAGACUGCAUCCUGGGAUACAGCCAAGGAAGACGAAAACCGCAAUAAGAACAGAUAUGGAAACAUAAUCUCCUAUGAUCAUUCAAGAGUGAGAUUGCAGCUGCUGGAUGGGGACCCUCACUCUGACUACAUAAACGCCAAUUACAUAGACGGGUACCACCGGCCUCGCCAUUACAUUGCAACUCAAGGGCCAAUGCAAGAGACAGUGAAGGAUUUCUGGAGAAUGAUUUGGCAAGAAAACUCUGCAAGUGUUGUCAUGGUCACCAACUUGGUGGAAGUGGGCAGGGUAAAGUGUGUUCGAUACUGGCCAGAUGACACAGAGGUCUAUGGAGAUAUUAAAGUCACAUUAAUUGAGACAGAACCAUUGGCAGAGUAUGUCAUACGCACAUUUACUGUACAAAAGAAAGGCUACCAUGAGAUCCGAGAGAUUCGGCAGUUCCACUUCACCAGCUGGCCAGACCACGGGGUUCCUUGCUACGCCACAGGUCUCCUGGGCUUCGUUCGUCAAGUGAAGUUUCUCAAUCCCCCAGAAGCGGGACCCAUCGUUGUGCACUGCAGUGCUGGGGCCGGGAGAACAGGGUGCUUUAUUGCCAUCGACAUCAUGCUUGACAUGGCAGAGAAUGAAGGCGUGGUGGAUAUAUUUAACUGUGUGCGAGAGCUGCGAUCCCAAAGGGUCAAUUUGGUACAGACGGAGGAGCAGUAUGUAUUUGUCCAUGACGCCAUUUUGGAGGCAUGUCUGUGUGGCAACACGGCCAUUCCAGUUUGUGAGUUCAGAUCCAUAUAUUACAACAUCAGCAGACUAGAUCCACAGACCAAUUCCAGCCAGAUAAAAGAUGAGUUUCAGACUCUCAAUAUUGUGACACCACGUGUUCGGCCAGAAGAUUGCAGCAUCGGUCUUUUGCCAAGGAACCAUGACAAGAACCGCUGCAUGGAUGUGCUGCCUUUGGAUCGGUGCCUGCCUUUCCUCAUCUCUGUGGAUGGCGAAUCAAGUAACUACAUCAAUGCUGCACUCAUGGAUAGCCACAAGCAACCUGCUGCCUUUAUUGUAACCCAACACCCUUUGCCCAACACCAUAGCAGACUUCUGGAGGCUGGUGUUUGAUUAUAACUGCUCCUCUGUUGUGAUGCUGAAUGAGAUGGAUGCAGCACAGCUCUGCAUGCAGUACUGGCCAGAGAAGACGUCCUGUUGUUAUGGCCCAAUUCAAGUAGAGUUUGUUUCAGCAGACAUUGAUGAAGAUAUCAUCAACCGGAUAUUCCGGAUCUGCAACAUGGCCAGGCCCCAGGAUGGGUAUCGCAUAGUUCAGCACCUGCAGUACAUCGGCUGGCCAGCGUACAGGGACACCCCUCCUUCCAAACGCUCCCUUCUGAAGGUGGUCAGAAGGUUGGAGAAGUGGCAGGAACAGUACGAUGGGAGAGAUGGGCGCGCUGUUGUCCACUGCCUGAAUGGUGGGGGACGCAGCGGCACCUUCUGUGCCAUCUGCAGCGUGUGUGAAAUGAUUCAACAGCAAAAUAUCAUUGACGUGUUCCACAUAGUGAAAACGUUACGGAAUAACAAAUCCAACAUGGUGGAGUCACUGGAACAGUAUAAAUUUGUAUACGAGGUUGCACUGGAAUACUUGAGUUCCUUUUAGCCCAGUGGAGGGAGGGGGGCUCCGAAAUGCCAGACCCCAAUCUCUGGCAGAUGCUUCUCCCCUCUCCCACACUGGAAGGCAGUAACACGUGUGGGAAGGAAAACCUCUCCUUCCCGGAGCAAGAGACUGAGAUUGCACAGACCUCGCUGGAAGGAGGAGAUGAUGCCUGUGUUUGCUGCCGCCUGCUUUCUAUCGGAACAUCUACUGCUUCUUAAAUAACCUACUGUAAAAAUUAGCAAAAUGGGAGACAGGCUGAAAGACUGGACUUUCUAAUCCCCUCUGACGACUUCUCUUUUGGAUUGUAUUUUUGCUCUGCUUGCUGCAGAGUGGGGAAAGAAUGAAAUCCUUAGGAAAUUCUCUUUUAAAUAUCUCCUUUUUAAUUUAUAAUUUUGUUCUCAAAUCCCAGUCUUUAAUUUCUGAAUUUCAGGCAGCAGUCAUUUGGGAAAAAUGAGAUAGCCAUAGGGGAUAUAGGAAAUGUUUCAUUACAGUUUGUCUACCUUAUCUAUUUCCUUUUAUUUGUUUUUCCAAAUGAAAAGGCCAACACAAAAAA